ACUUAACAGAUUUCUGUGUCUAACGGGCUGAGCUGGGUUAAAUAUCACUCCCACUCUAAGAAAAAGUCUACAUUAUGUAGUUCGCCAAGAGAUGCUUUCUUUUUACAACUCGUGUGUAUGCUUGGCAAAUUACACUAGACGCGGAGCUUAUUAGCUAGCAAGGAAAAGGACGUUGCUAGAGAAAUAUUUUAACUAACGUCACUUUUCCACUUUUCUGUUUAAGGACAAAAGGGCAGUCUGGGUUGGCUGUGUUUUAAUGGAGACUCGCUCAAAAACAUCCGUCCAGGUUUCUACACGGGACAAGGUAGCUAAAUUCCGUCCACCUCCAGAACUCAGUGGGAUUGUGUCUGGCAGCAUGUCCCUGCCCUCUUACACAGACUAUCCUGCUCACCGUCCCUUCAUCAACACACACAUGCAUCAUACAACUCGCCCGCAACACUCAAAUCGUGCAGCAUCACACAGCAAAGCGUUCCCAGAGACCAGCAGUGCAGUGAUCUUAUCUGCCUUGAGAAAUCUCCAAGAAAAGUUCAGGAGGCUGGAGUUGGAGAAAAGACAAGCAGAGUUCAGUCUUCAUUCUUUAGGGAAAGAUGCAUCAAACACACUUCUGCAGAGUGAGAGUCCUGCACAGACGAACGGUCAGAGAGACACGGAAAGGAAGGCAAACUGUAAUCAAGUGCUGAUCACCCACCUGGCUGCUGCAGAGUCUCGCUGUGAGAAGCUGGAGCGACAGCUGGACCACAUGAAGAGGAUGCUGCGUAAUACCAGGACAGAGAAGACCAGCCUUCUAAAUCAGCAGGCUUUUCUGGAGAAAGCCACUGCAGCUGACCAGAGGCUUGAUGCUAUUUCUGAGUGUGCUCAGCUGGAAAAGCUAGAUCAACUGGAGCAGGAAUAUCUCAGGUUGACUCGCACACAGAAGAACGCAGAGAUUAAGAUUCGUGAGUUGGAGAGGAAGCUGCAAGACGAGGAACAUCAGAGAAAACUCAUCGAGGACAAAGCAGAUCAGCUGCAGGCAGGUUUGGAAAGCAACCGGAUGCUGCUGCAGUCAGUGUCACCUUUCCCGUCCGUCAGGCAAGCCAAGGAAAAGAAAUCCAACUCAAAGAUUUCUUCUCCGGAGCAGUUAACCCACACAGAACCUCACUACAGAUUGUGUCUGAGAGACGUCCCGUUUGUUACUGGAUCGUCCGUAGGCUGCAGCCACUCAGUCAGAGCCAACGUUCAGGCCGUGCUGUCCCUCCUGAAAUGUCACCAUCCCUGCCUCUGCAACAGUCGCGUCCUGGCUCACAAAGCAAGCCCCUCCGAGUCAAACAGUUCCCCCUCCUCCUCAUCUGUUAACGGGGAGGAGCUGUCCGAGCUGCUGCAGGCUCUGCAGGAGGAGCUCCGCCUCAUGAGUUUGGAGCAGGAUGAGUUGAGGAGGCAGGUGGAGAGCAGCGUCUCUGAAGAGGAAAGGAGAGAUCUCCGGAGGGAGCAGGAGAGGCUUUUACUGAAAAUGGAGAGAAAAGGAGAACAGAUCAGUAAGCUCCAUAAACACAAGUGUCAGAUAACGAAGCUAAGGAAGGAAGCUAAGUCCAGACCCAACAGUGGGAAUAAGGAGCGAGGUUCCAGCAGGAGUCGUCCUGCAAGAGCGGUCAAAGAUCAGCCGGGAGAGAGGAGGAAAAGGAAUCUGAGGCUGCUGAAGGACAUGAAGGCUCUGCAGGCCUCGUUACGGACCUGAACCUCAGCUUAUUUAUCACUGUGCUGUCUAUCUACCUCUGGUCAUCGUUUCACUUUCAAAACUGGCUAAAAGCUGCAUAAGCGUGGCAGGUGCACCUCUUUUUAAGGACUUUGUGAGAAAUAUACUUAUGAUUACAUGAUUUCUAUUUUUUACCAAACAAGUUUUGUGUUGUUUUUUAUUUAGUUUUAUGACAUUUCACCUCUUUUGUCCAAUGAGAAUCAAAGCAUUCACAUUCUUAUUUGUUAUUGUUUUGUUUUGACAUUUUCCCUCUGGCCCUCAGCUUCUGGCCAGCAGAGGGUAAACAAAGUUUGCGUUACUAGAAAAAUGGACUGCUGCUUUUCUUGCCUUAUCGACCACUCACAGCACUUGACCACAGAUCAUUUUAUUAUGAAAUGAAAAGUUGGACUUUGAGUUUAACUUUAUUUCAUCACUGAUUGCUUUUCACAAUGAAAACAAAACUAUUUUCAUAGAAAAGUUAGACAUUAGGAUGAGUCAAACAAAGAAAAAUGGUUAGAUUUUUUUUCCCCUUUUUUACAAUUGACCAAGUCAUUGUACACUUCAGGGCUCACUAGAGAAUCUGAAGUCUUCUAAAGCUUACGAGACACAAGCUUGUCUGUGUAAUGGUCAUAUAAUAAAAUGAAAAUCAGAAAUGCGUAUAAGUAAGAUUUAGGUUCUGACGUGGAUUUGAGUGAAAUUAUAUUCGUGAAAUAAAGAAUGUUUGCAUAAUU